AUGCUGCAGCAGCUCAACGCUCCUGAUCCAGCCGCCGUGCAGCGAGCACCGGAGCACACACUACUUUCUACUCCACAGGAUGUGAGAUCAGAUAAGCAAUCAGGAUGGUAGCAGCAGUCCGGAUCGAUGUGGACAGAUCGAAGAGAUGGAGGAGACUACGCCGGACCCAGCCUUUGUGGACGUGGAUCAGGGUCUGACUCUGGCAUGCAUCGCCUUCCUCUGCCUGCUGCUGGUGGCCAUGAUCAUCCGCUGUGCCAAAGUCAUCAUGGACCCCUACAGCGCCAUCCCCACCUCCACCUGGGAGGAGCAGCAUCUAGACGAUUAGCAGAAGCAGGAGCACCUUCGCCUGGACGAAGGGUACAGGUCCAUCCACUGAAAGCACACCAUCUACGUUCUCUCCGAACUCUGAAACUACCUACAGCCUCAAAGCUGGGUUCCAGGCCAACCAGAACAAUCCAAUACCACGCAGCCCACUUGAGAGGCUGUUCUCAGAGCAGCUAUCGACAAGAGGAAAGCCCACGAAUCAUCCCGCACACUUAAACAACACCAAGUGCAAUGAGGAAGAGUGAGCGCUACAGCAUGCCUGCGUGACUUUUCAUUUAUCUUCUGAGGGCACCUUUUGCUUUUCUACAUUUUUCUAAUAAUCAUGAUGGAUGGACUGCACAAAUAUCGAGUGUGCUGUGCACCGGAGCGAAGCCUAGCUCGGAGGCAUGCUGACAAAGGCAGCCUCGUACGAGGAACUCCUCCUUACGCCUAGAAAUAGAGGCAGUUCAUGCCUGUUUACGACGAGGAGACAAUAGUAGCUCUGGUAGAAUGCAAUUCAGGAAAAAUGGCGGAGGGUCCUUUACAGGAAACUCCACAAACUCCAGAGCAGGACUCUCUUAGCUGAGCUUCGAAGUUAAAUUCGCCUUCCCUUUACCCUUUAAUGGACUAGUUUGGCAAAGAAAAACAUUUUAAUACAUUACAAAACACACGACAACAAAUAACAUGUCUAGAGUCUGAAGUUUGUUUUUCUUUAGCUUAGCAUUGGAGCUAAAAGGCUAAUGUAGACUGGAAUGAAGAAAUAGAGGUUAGCACAGUGCUAAACCGCAUGACUAAACUAAACAUCUGUAAACUUGUGCCUCAUAUCAUGUCAACCUUUUCGGUACUCUCUGAUAAUAAACCUGUUUAUAUGUUUUUUGAUACAGUUUGACACCUUGUUCGUCCAUAAAUGUGGACUAAAGAACAGCACACAGCUAAAAAAAAAAAAACAGUAGCAGCAAACAAGCAUAACUAGCACAAACUAGCUAGGUCAUAAGCUUUUCCUUGACGUGUUAGCUAGCAACAUUAGCCUCAUAGCUCCAGUGUAAAACUAAGAAAGCAGACUUAAGUCAUCAAAUACAGCUUUGAAAAAAAAAAUUAAGAGACCACUUCAGUUUCUAAAUCAGUUUCUCUAAGUUUGCUAAUUAUAGGUAUAUGUUUGACUAAAAUUCAGUAACAUUUUUGUUUUAUUCUAUAAACUACAAACAACAUUUCUCCCAAAUUCCAAAUAAAAAUACUGUCAUUUAGAGCAUUUAUAUGCAGAAAAUGAGAAAUGGCUGAAAUUACAAAAAAGAUGCAAAGUUUUCAGACCUCAAAUAAUGCAAAUCAAUAUUUAAAGGAAUAACCGUGUUUUUGGAUAGCUUUAUGCCACACCUGGUGCAAAGAUUCAAGCAGGUCAUCAGCUUGGUUUGAUGGCUUGUGAUCAUCCAUCUUCCUCUUGAUUAUAUUCCAGAGGUUUUCAAUUUGGUAAAAUCAAAGAAACUUGAAAGAAUUACUUUUAAGUGGUCUCUAAUUUCUUUUCAGAGCUGUAUAAGUCAUCAAAGGUGAUUAACUACAUCCAAAGGGGGGAGUUAAAAGCUCAUUUCUUUCUGCCUUUCGUUUCUUUUAAAAACUAAUCCUUUAAAUUUGCUCUUUUUUGCAUUAGCUCGAACAAUCAGCCACUUUCUUGGUCCUCUGUUGUCCUUCAGCCAUGUGCCGGUUAGUGUAUGAGCGUAUGUACCUGCAGAGAAUUAUAAUCUAACCUGCAUGUUAUCAAGUGCCUCAGCUGAAAUCACAAAGAUAGUCUUGAAUUGCUUCUGUUUUUUUCUCCAGUUUUUACAAGUGAACAGUAGCACACAAUCAAGGACGAAGCAGCAGAUUAAAAAAAAACGCGCCUUGUCUGAUUGAAAACUGCAAUCGUGCUACAUUUCGCCUGUGUGUUCUUA